AUGGUCCAGACACGCAGAGAACGCAAGGCCGCCCAGAUACCACUUUCCCAGCCCGAUCGAUCCGGCCCGUCGGGCAAGACGCUUCUCGAGCUCGCGCAGGAACGAAAGCUCUUUGAGCAAGCCGACCUGAGGCAGCGAAAGCUCGACGGGAAGCCGCUCGCGCCCGAGGUGCAACAAGACGGCGAGGACGCCGACGAUGAGGAUGAAAAUGACAAUGACGGGGAGGAAACAGCAGGGCUUUCGCCUACCGCGGAGCGCGUACUCGAUGUCUUACUGUGGUCCAUCAGCUUGUCCAUGCUGCACUUCACCUUGGACGUGCUAGUCCAGCACCAGUAUGCUGUUCAACUGUCAUGGGUACAGAUCAUUUCUCGAACAGCCACAGCAAUCUUUGGUAAGAAGACCCCGAACCCCUAA